UGGUGGAAGAGACCCUCCAGAGUUGCUGCAGUGUGUGUUCUACUGGCUGUGAUCAUAGGGGAUUCCUGUAAGUAACACUUACUGGGGCAUUCCAGUAAGUGUUUUCUUUUUUACUAAAACAUUUGUAGUCAAUGUUGUGACAGUUACACAUUUUGAUAGACUUUUCCCUUUUACAGAUGAGAGAGACAAGUUAAAUACCAGGCUUAGGUACUAUGGUGAGUGCAGUCUUUUAUUUUCUUAAUUUACAAGUAUCAUUUUAUUUCAUACUUAGAAGAGAUGUCAUUUAUUUGUAGACUUUGAAAUGCCUGCUGUUCUAUUUCGUUUAUUUCAGAGAAACCCUGUUUGAAUGAAUGGUGGAAGUUUGGCACCAGCUGUUAUUAUGUCUCUUCCACGAGGGACUCAGGCAGGGAAGGUCAGCGGCAGUGCAAAGCAAUGGGUGGAGAGUUGGUUGUUAUAAACAGCAGAGAAGAACAGGUAAUAGAGAAUACAUUAGUAAUGCUAUAAUACUACUGUUUCUUUAUUAUUAUUAUAAUUAUUAAUCAUUAUCUACAUCUCUGAUUAGUAUUCAAUAUGUGUAAAUCAUUGUAUCACCAAUGUUCAUGUCACUGUCAAUUUAUAGAAUAUACUUCCUGUCAGCAAAGCAAGUUUGCAUGAGAUUAUAUCUAUACCUAUACUAUAGUAUAGCAGCUGAGGCUGAAACCUGAUCUCAUAGUUUCACUUCGACAUUCGACCUAAUCUGGAUGAAAGUCUAUUUUUGACGCAUUCAUUCCAUGUGGUUACAGGGUUAAUUCUGUGAGGUUACAGGGUUAAAACAGAAACAACUCAAAGGGUUAUGGUUAGGGGUUAAGGUUAGGGCAAUUGGUUGGGGAAGGCUUCAAACAAAAAUGAUUAAAAACAACGCUCUGUUUCCAUCAAGUACUCUCCCUCUUGCCUGAGCAUUGUGAACUGCCGUGGUGCAGUCGUCAGAGCAGAUUGGUCUGUGUGGUGUGAGCACGCUUCCCCUCCAUGCUUCCUGAGUUUUCACCAGCGCUCUGCAACUUUUUUGUAUUUUUUUGUGAGCUCUGAGGAAGGCAUAUAUCAAAGUACUUAGGACCUUUUCAAACAUCCUAAAUCCCCUUGUAUUUCUAUUGACCAGGCUCAGUACAUUAUACUACUACUACUACUACUAUUAGACUACUACUACUAUUAUUAUUUAUAAACAUGUAAAAGUGUUCCUCUGCUGUGGAGAUUAAAUAAUGGUCAUUGUUUUUCUUCCAAAAUGAUAUUAUAGAUAUUUAUCCAUGGAUUAAAGAAGAAUGUCUGGAUUGGUGCAUAUACAAAUGACGGAAUGUGGGAGUGGCUUGUCAACACAGCAUUUAAACCUACGUAAGUGAACAGGUUCUGGAGGAGUUUUUUUCUGUUGUAAUAAAUUACUUUUUACAGUCUGAUAAUCUUGUCCUCAGCCAGAUGUCUCUCUCACUCUCUGUCGAAUGGUAGCAAUUGAGCCUGGAGACUAGGUUAACCGUCUGAUUCUCUAUUUUGUAUUGGAUGAUAUUAAUCUCUGAUUCUCUGUGUUGUUUAUAGCUAUUGGAUGGAAGGGGAACCAAGUAACUUGAAUGACGAGGUGGCUUGUAUUGAGAUCUCACAGACGGCAUCAGACCCAUUGAAGAGUUGGAAGGUUGUAAAAUGUACUUCAAAUUACUGGGUGUGUGAAAAACCGUUCACACCGUAGUCUAAUUAUAAUAACUAAUGUAAGCCCCUAUCUUAUGGAGUUGCACUGGUUUUCCCUUUGUUAGGCUUAAUGUGUUUCUAUGUGUAUCUACAUUGAAAGAUGUAUUUGAUGUCUUUAAAGAGACCAGGGCUAUGUGGAGUUUGUCCACCGUUCAUCAGGCCCAGGGGAGUGGAACUGUGGUCUAGUAGGCUCUAACUGUGGUCUAGUAGGCUCUAACUGUGGUCUAGUAGGCUCUAACUGUGGUCUAGUAGGCUCUAACUGUGGUCUAGUAGGCUCUAACUGUGGUCUAGUAGGCUCUAACUGUGGUCUAGUAGGCUCUAACUGUGGUCUAGUAGGCUCUAUCUGUGGUCUAGUAGGCUCUAACUGUGGUUGAUUUUUUUAAAAACUAUAUUUACAAUUUUUACCAUUUUAAUGUGUGCAUAUAACAAUUGAAUAAGAUUCUGUUUUCAUUUAAGUUUUUACAGAUAUCAAUCCAUUUCAAAUGCAGCAGUGUUCUGUUUCCUUCCAUUCCAUUCCAUAUGUACCAUGUAUUUCAUCAGUAGAAUGAACACAUCUAUAUACUGUGAUCUAGGUAUGUCAUUUACUUGUCAGGUAUACUGUAAUACUAAGUGUUGUAAUGUAUGAAUAGUAACUCCAAUGUUUUCCUUCUAAAUGGUGUCAGUUAUUAGUUAACGUAGUACAGUAAAAACACUUUAGUUAAUAGAUAGAAAACAGUCGUUAUCAGUAAAGUUAUAGCAGUACCAGAAUUGACCACUAGAAGGGUUGUGUCAUCCAUGGACAUGUGACCAGAGCCCGUAUUCACAAAGCAUCCCAGAGUAAGAGUGCUGAUCUAGGAUCAGUUUUGUCUUUGACCUCUCUCUGGUAAUGUUCGUUGUUUUAUCUUUUUACUUAGCUUACCCAGUACAAAGGAACCGAUGGGAUAGUCCCAAAAGAGCAAACUCUGCCCAACUAG